AUGACGUCAUGACGCAGGGAAACGGAAGUGUUUAGCAGACAGGCAGAAAAGAAGUUGAACGACUUUCUUCUUUCUGUUCUGCUUCUGUUUUGUUUUCCUGCGACUUUCUUAGUGUCUUGUUUUGGAGGCAAAGCGGAGGACAAGAAGUAGAAGAACUUAACAGAAGACUUCCAGGCAUGAACCACAGCGGCAUGGACCACGGCAGCAUGGACCACGGCAGCAUGGACCACGGCAACAUGGACCACGGCAGCAUGGACCACACCCACCACCAGCAUCCCACCAUGGCCACCACCGGCGGACACGACCACGGAGGAGGAGGGGACGGUGGGAACACUGGAGGACAUGGGGGGAUGGUGAUGACCUUCUACUUUGGGUACAACAACGUGGAGCUGCUAUUCACCGGCCUGCUCAUCAACUCCCCUGGAGAGAUGGUCGGGGCCUGCAUUGGUGUCUUCCUAUUGGCCGUCCUGUACGAGGGGUUGAAGAUGGGUCGUGAGACGCUGCUGCGUCGCAGUCAGGUCAACGUCCGCUACAACUCCAUGCCGCUCCCAGGGGCUGAUGGGACAGUGCUGAUGGAGACUCACAAGACGGUCGGGCAGCGGAUGAUAAGCCCCGCCCACUUCCUGCAGACCCUCCUACACAUCGUUCAGGUGGUCGUCAGCUACUUCCUGAUGCUCGUCUUCAUGACCUACAACGCUUACCUCUGCAUCGCCGUGGCAGCCGGCGCCGGCAUGGGAUACUUCCUGUUCAGCUGGAGGAAGGCGGUUGUUGUCGACAUCACCGAGCACUGCCAUUAGCUAGCGUGCUACUUAGCAUCCGAUUGAUCGGAAUGUCUGAUUUUUGCUGAUCACAAUCGAUGAAGCACUAACAAACACUUUAGCUGUAUGUUAGCACGCUAGCUGACCUGGAAAUACAAACUCCAGAAAGUAACCAUGGUAACAACUUGUUGGGUAACAUGCACACUAACGUCUGUAGUUAGCGAUUAAUAAAUCCGACAAACACUUAUCGUCCCUUUUCUUCUUGUUGAGAACUCCUGCCGGUGGGCGAGCCGGCCAAUCGCAGCUCGGAUCACCUCAGAAUGUUCUGAUUGGCCAAAUCACGUCAUACUGUCGUUUAUUUCCUUUUCGGUGCCAUGACAAGUGCUAAUGUUAGCAUAUAUAGCUUACUAUAUAUACACUUACUUUCAGUUAGCAUUGUUAGUAGCCACCGAUCAUACAACAGUAUUUAAACAUAUAUUUAGAAUAUAAUUUAUUAGAGAAUAGAUGUUUUACAAGUUUUCCUUUUUUAGAUUUAUUUUUAAGAGAUUUAAUUUUUUUUAAUGACAUUUUUGACUUUUGUUGCGGUUUAAAAAAAAUGAAUUAAUCUCCAGUGAACUUCGAGCCGAAAAUUAGCUUUAAAAAAAAAGUCUAAAUAAAUGUGUUCAGAACAGCUGUGUUGUUGUCUAGCAGCCGGCCAAUCAUGAUGAUCAUCAUCAUGAGUUCAUCAUGAAACUUCAAAUCGCUCCUUGAAUCAAAAUUCAUGAAAGAAUUGUACUAAAAUUCUACUUUUUUUAAACGCUUUUAUUUGAGGUUUAUUUACAUGUUUUUUCUCGGCCACCGUCGGCCUUAAACCCGACACCUUAACGUUGCCUUAUCGUGGCCGGCAUGAUGAUGAACUGCUGACUGGAGGCCAGUGCUGGUUUCUCUUUGGUGCAACUGGAAAACUGUCGUCUUUUACUGUUUAGUUUUCUGAAAUGUGUUCGUGGAGGUCCAACAGGAAGAGAAACGAGGCUUUGUUAACUUAACUGAUCUGUUUAUUUCUGUCUGAAAUUGACCUCCAUAGAUGUAAUUGUGAUUUAUUUUUAAAUAUUGUUUUUAUUGAUUAACACUGAGAGGUGGGCGGAGUUUACAACUGGACCAGUCAGGUUGCAGAGACUCUGUGAAUCUGUUGAAAAUGAAGUAAAUCUCUCUGUGAAGGAAACUGUUCAUCAGAAUAUUAAAAUGUUUUAAUUGUCACAAAUGCUGGAGUCAUUAAAGUUUAUGAAGAA